UCUCUCCACUAUCAAAGCCAACCUGACCGAGCGUCUCCGGGUCAUGGAUGACAAGCUGUCCUCCGUGUCCGAAGAGAGAGACCAGCUGAACGACGAACUCACUAAAGUGACCAAAGUGAUGGAGAGACUUCAGCGUUUGUGCCAACAGAAGAAAACGUGUCCUGCAGGAUGGAGGAUGUUCAGUUGUUCCUGUUAUCUUCUCUCUGAAGAGUCUGCUUCCUGGGAUGAGAGCAGACAAGACUGCAGAGACAAAGGAUCAGAUCUGGUGAUCGUAGACACGCUUGAAGAGCAGGAAUUUCUCACGAGCCUCAUCAGGAAAAGCAGUUGGAUUGGUUUAAGUGACAGAGACAACGAGGGCACCUGGACAUGGAUUGAUGGAACUCCACUGACUGACACUGAGAAGUAA